AUGGCGUGGGGGAGGGAGGGCUGCCGUGCAGCAGGAACUGUGCAGACACACGCACUCACGGGGAUCCAGGGACGGCAGCCCCCUUUUGCACUGGGAUCUAGAGCCACAGCGCGACAGAGAGUUCAAGCAAAGCCUCAACUGACACAUCACAAUGGCAGACAAAAUUAAAGACGCCAAGGUCAUUUUUGUUGUGGGUGGCCCCGGCUCUGGAAAGGGCACCCAGUGCGAGAAGGUAGUCGCGAAGUACGGCUACACUCACCUGUCGUCUGGGGAUCUGCUCCGCGCCGAGGUGUCUUCCGGCUCUGAGAGGGGCAAGCAGCUCCAGGCCAUCAUGCAGAAAGGAGAGCUGGUGCCCCUGGACACGGUCUUGGACAUGAUUAAGGACGCCAUGAUCGCCAAGGCUGACGUCUCCAAGGGCUUCCUUAUUGAUGGCUACCCCCGUGAGGUGAAGCAGGGCGAGGAGUUCGAGAAGAAGAUCGCCAAACCCUGCCUGCUGCUGUACAUCGACGCCAAGGCCGAGACCAUGGUCAAGAGGCUGCUGAAGCGCGGCGAGACGAGCGGCCGCUCCGACGACAACGAGGAGACCAUCAAGAAGCGCCUGGACUUGUACUACAAAGCAACCGAGCCGGUCAUCGCCUUUUACGAGAGCCGCGGGAUUGUCAGGAAGAUCGACUCCGAGCCUCCGGCAGACGAGGUCUUCAGCAACGUCUCCAAGGCCAUUGAUGCGCUGUAGUAAAGCGCAAUAGCUACGUGAGCUGUGUCCGGUUGCUGUUGAGUCGUUUGUAUCUCCUCGGUGUCACUUUAAUAAGGGCAAAACUGAAAUAAUAAUAUCUGUAUCAGUCAUUUUUGUUAAAAAAAAGGCAAUGAAGACGCCUUAACGUUACCCUUAACCCAGCAAUAUGACGUCACACAUUUAAGUGUAUGCAGCAAUCUUGAAGUCCAGUUCAUUUCUGCAAAGGGUUACAUUCGGUGCUUAAUCCAUGGACGUAUUCAGGUGACAGCUACUGUGUACAGGAGGUGUUAGUCAUUUCGGUGUUAGUCAUUUCGGAAGGCAACAUGCUUCCUCUGGACCUGCACUUUUCUUCUAUAUUUGAGUUUAGGGGAUAAAAAUCUCACUGUAAGACCUUCAACUCCUCUCUGUGGGUAGUAUUUGUUGCUAAUAAUUCAUUUAUGCCUAUAUUAAAAGCACAGAAACGUUCUAGUUUUCUCAGCGGGGUGUACACAUGUAACAUGGGUGUUUAUAAAGCAUUAUAUGUAAAAAAUACUAAAUAAAAGUAAAACUUCAAAGCUC